AUGCCGACGUUAACAGCAACUCUUCUCUUCGGUAACCAAGCCAAGCGCCACCCUUCCCCACGCCCUAAUACCAGACGACCGCACCAACAACCCAUUUCCGGCCGCAAAUCAACAUCAAGUAGCAUGUCUUCCGGCUGGAUAGGUCCUGGCGCCCGCACCGCGCCUCAGAACCAGGAGGAUAACGCCAAUUACGAAGCUAUCAAGGCCCAGGUAGAAAAAGACGAGCAGGAGAAGAGGGAGGCGGAAAACGCUAAACGUGCGAGUGAGGGUCUGCCGCCUUUGAGAGACAGCGUUUGGAAAAAGGUCAAAAAGGGCAUCCAAAAAGCCUUCAUGAUGUAG